AUGUUGAAACAAACACUACGUACAGCAACGAUGUCAAGAUCAUUCACCUCUGUUGUCUCGAAAGCUUUCUCUGAAGGUGCUGCACUUGAUGCCUCGAAGUUACAAAUCACUAAGAACCCAAAUCCUUCCACCCCAUUGCCAAAUGAUCAAUUGAAGUUUGGUCAAACUUUCACCGACCACAUGUUGACCAUUGAAUGGAACAAAGGUAAAGGGUGGAGUGCUCCAGAAAUCAAGCCAUAUGGUCCUUUAGUGUUGGAUCCAUCUGCUUGUGUCUUUCACUAUGCGUUUGAAUUGUUUGAAGGUUUAAAGGCUUACAGAACCCCUGAUAACAAGAUCACCAUGUUCCGUCCAGAUAAGAACAUGACCCGUAUGAACAAGUCUGCUGCUAGAAUUUGUUUACCUACUUUUGAUUCUGAUCAAUUAAUCACCUUAAUUGGUAAACUGAUCGAACAAGAUAAGAACUUAGUUCCAACUGGUCAAGGUUACUCUCUGUACAUUAGACCAACUAUGAUCGGUACUACUGCUGGUCUAGGUGUCUCUACCCCAGAUAAAGCUCUAUUGUUUGUCAUUUGUUCUCCAGUGGGUCCAUACUACAAGACUGGUUUCAAGGCUGUCAGAUUAGAGGCUACAGAUUAUGCUACUAGAGCUUGGCCAGGUGGUGUUGGUGACAAGAAAUUAGGUGCAAACUAUGCUCCAUGUAUCCUACCUCAACUAGAUGCUGCUACCAGAGGUUACCAACAAAAUCUGUGGUUGUUCGGCCCAGAGAAGAACAUUACCGAAGUUGGUACCAUGAACGCAUUCUUUGCCUUCAGAGACUCCAAGACUGGUAAGAAUGAAUUAGUCACUGCUCCUUUGGACGGUACUAUUCUAGAAGGUGUCACUAGAGACUCUAUACUAGCUUUAGCGCGUGAAAACUUAGACCCUAAGGAAUGGGAUAUUAAUGAACGUUACUGCACUAUCACUGAAGUUGAAGAAAGAGCCGCAAAGGGUGAACUACUAGAAGCCUUUGGUGCGGGUACUGCUGCUGUCGUCUCUCCAAUCAAGGAGAUCGGCUGGAAUGGUCACGAUAUUAGCGUUCCAUUGCUACCAGGUGAACAAAGUGGUCCUUUAACCAAACAAGUUGCCCAAUGGAUCGCCGAUAUUCAAUACGGAAGGGUAUCACACGGUAACUGGUCCAAGGUUGUUGCUGACUUGAACAAAGGUGUGUAA